AAGAGUUCUACUUGUCAGUACCCAGUUUCUCAGCUGCUCGUUUCAGACUGAUAGGGGGUUGUCUUUGACAACAAAUGGCGAACGCGCGCGCGACUUUUCUAAUCCUAUGGAAAGGUUAGAUCAGUAGAAGUUAUCCCUUCUUCUGUCCACCGCCAUUGUCCUAGAGUUGUUGAUCAAGCUGAACCUCACCUCGCGUCUCGAAAGGGCAAUUAGUCCUAGUCUUACACAAUGUCGCACCGAUCUUCUUCUUCACACAGAUCUUCUUCACACAGUACGACGUUGGAGAAGUUUCCCGACGUACCAGAUGAUCUGCCUGACAUUAGUCCUACAACAACGGCGCCAAUUUCCAAGCCUACCCCUAGUACAAGCGCACCAUUUGCUGCAUCUUCAGAGAGUCCACAAGACAGAACUAGGACACACCGUGGUUCGCACGUCAAGAUCUCAACUCCUCGACAAUCUACUGAGAAUAAUCCUCCUCCGGUCUCCCCGAUUUCUGCAUUCAGACGACGUAUGACUAGAUCGAAUACGUUCCUGACUGUAGACGAGUUUGAAGAGUUUGAAGGCCAGCCAGGGUGGAAGCCGGGUGCUGAACCAGGUGUUGACCCUUCGAAGCCCGAUGGUGGUCAAGAGACAGUACCCACUCUCCACGCAGAGUGCCGAAUCACAGUUGUAGACUUCUCCCAAGACGAUUUGGAGAUACAUGAGUUGGACAAUCAUCAACUCAUCGAAUUUAUCCAAAAGCCACAACCUAGUUGGGUAAAAUGUCGAUGGAUCAACGUAAAUGGUCUAUCAUGGGAUGUCAUUCAAGCCUUAGGUCAAUACAAAGACCUACAUAGAUUGGCAAUUGAGGAUAUCAUGAACACAAGGAAUCGCACCAAAGCUGAUUGGUAUACUAAUCAUGCUUUCAUUGUUCUCACGUGUCAGAAGCUGGUCCGCAUAGUAGAGGAUGACAGCAGUGACGACGACAGCAGCGAUGACGAAAAGAGUGUGAAAACGGGAGGCAAGAAGGCUAGGGGAUGGUUCCGCAGAAAAUCUGAGAAUACCAUGAAAGGCGAUACCGCGCUCGAGAGUGGCACACAGCCAACGUCGACACCAGUUCAAAGCUUCGCACAUCAACCGACUAAUCUCUCCAAUGUGUUUAGCCCAAACACGCUACGUACACUGCAGAGAUAUCAUGCUUCACCAAACUCUGCACGAACAGAAUACAUGGAGAAGAACUCAGCUCUGGUCUCUAGAGGUGUAGCAGUCACUGCUGAGCAGGUUGCUAUGUUCAUAACAUCUGAUAACACAGUAAUUGCCUUCUUUGAGCAAUCGGCUGAUGAUGUGGAGAAACCUAUACUGGCUCGGUUGGCAAGCCCAACUACAAUCCUAAGGAAAUCUUGCGAUGCAUCAAUGGUUGCACAGGCCAUUAUCGAUGCAAUCAUCGACAUGGCUAUACCAGUUACCUCAUGUUACAGGGAUGUUAUCGAGGAUCUGGAGCUUGACUUUUUCAUAAAUCCCAAGGUGACCGACACCAAGUACCUUUACAUCGUGAUCUCCGAAGUCAGCAAAUUAUACAGUCUCAUCAACCCAAUUCAAACGCUUAUUAGUGCGCUCCGCGACCACAAGACGAAGAUGAGCCAGGAAGCCAUAGUGCAGGAACUGCAGAAUCCCAACGGAGGGGUUAUUAUCUCACCGCUGACUUGCACUUACUUGGGUGAUGUGUACGACCAUUGUGUUCUCAUCACAGAAGGUCUCAAUCAGAUCAAAGAGUUGGCUAAUCACAUGAUUAACCUCACCUUUAAUACUGUUACGACGAACCAAAACGAGAGCAUGAAACAGUUGACCAACGUUACCGUCAUAUUCCUGCCAUUGACAUUUUUAACUGGAUACUUCGGCCAGAACUUUGCUGACUUUGAGGCGAUCAAAGGCUCUGUUACCUACUUCUGGUGGAUUGCGGUUCCCGUCAUGAUAGGAACAAUCCUAGUCUUGAUGCGCGAAACCAUAUUUGCCUGGGCGGUUAGUCUCCGACAGCGAAGACAUGUGAGAACUAUCAGGAGGAAACAGGAAGUUAAGAGGGCGAGGACACGUGCCAGGAUGAUCAACAGAGCACAAUCUCGAUCCUAGAUUGUGAUCUAAACAGGAACGCCGAACGAACACCAUAUGAAUGCCAUACAUUUCACGUUCAUGAUAUAUGGAACUUUCGGUUUGCAUAGGGGGCGUCUGCUUAUUUAGGCGUUGCGUAAUUCCAAUGAUACCCUGCACAUAACUGUUUCUAUCAAACUUAUAGAUAUUGCCUCUUGGAUUGUCAUCACUGGUCAAUUCUGGAUUGCAAUUUCUCUAAAAAAAAACUAUAAUAUAUAAUAGUUAGGUUCUAACAUAAUGUGUAUGAAAUAGUUGUUUUAUAUAGUAGCAUCCCCGAGGUGCUCUGGUAUAUUUAAGAACGACUAUCUUUUCCGUUAUAGGGGUUAUACAAUAUGAUUACAACCACUCAAGCUUGAGCGCAUCCCACAUUAUCCCUCUCCAUCUGUGGUUUUGCGUCAGGGUC